GACGCUGAAACUACCACUAGAAGCGGAUGUGGGAAAUUUUCUGUUGUUCGUCUUGCCAGUGAUAUACGGUACAGGGGUUGGCCCUGGUUUGGUCCACCUGCCAGAGGAGUUUAAAGUUUCCGAGGCUCGGAAGAACACAAUGACUUGGAUCAAACAGCCUAAAUGGAAAGAAGGAUAUUUCUGCUGCAUCGAGGAAGCCAUUCAACUCCUGCUAAACUAUCUCUUUUUUUAUGCGUCCAUGCACGCGACUGACCUUCUCUAUCACUGACUAGAGAUUAUUUCUGACAGUCCAGGCUACUCCGAAAGCUUGUAGAUUCAUGGAUGGAAAAUGAAACGACGCGGGAAGUGUGGCCACAUCAUUAUAUUGUGUCGCGUGGUAGCAGAUGGGCAGUCCGUAAAUUGCGCAGGGAUGUGAACGGAUAGUUUUGUGCGUUUAUUCCUCCAUAAAGCUAAAACAGACCUUUUUUUUUUUUUUUUUUUUUUUUUUUUUGCUCUGUACUACUUGCAUUUUCCCCCUCUGCAACAUCAAUUAACUCAACUUUGCAGUGAGGUGGCCAAAUAGAAAGAAGACGAAGUGGUCUCUAUAGUCUUAGUUAAGAGUCAGAGGAGUUACAGCGCCCAGGGAACUGCAGCUGCGACCCACCGCGUCCUGUGCAGAUUGCAGGGUUGAAACCGCGCAGGCGGUUAUGGAGCGGACAGUGCACUCGAUCUGCCGAGGAUAGAGACCGGGGCGGCGGAAGGGUGCUCUGAUCUCGCAGCAGCCUUGGAGGCCGCCGCUGCCUCUCAUCCAUAGCGUUUUAUUACCAUUAUCAUCGUUCUUGAAAAGUCAUGGAAGACGGGCCGCUGCCAGACCUCAGAGACAUCGAGCUGAAGCUGGGACGCAAAGUACCUGAGAGCCUAGUGCGCUCGCUCCGUGGGGAGGAGGCGGUUCCCCUGGAAAGGGACAGGGACCCCUGCGGGGGGAGCGGCGGUGGUGGCGGCGGCUGCAGUAGUAGCAGCAGCAGCAGCUGCUGCAGCUUCCCUCCCUCCUUGUCAUCCUCCUCGUCGUCCUCCCCAACCUCUGGCUCCCCACGACGUGGCCACUCCAGCGCCCUGGAGAGGCUGGAAACCAAGCUUCACCUCCUCAGACAAGAGAUGGUUAAUCUCAGAGCCACAGACGUCAGGCUCAUGCGCCAGUUGCUCGUUAUCAAUGAGAGCAUUGAGUCCAUCAAGUGGAUGAUUGAUGAGAAAGCCACGAUUACUAGCCGAGGUAGCAGUCUCAGUGGCAGCCUGUGUAGUUUACUGGAGAGUCAGAGCACCUCCUUGCGUGGCAGCUACAAUAGCCUACAUGAUGGCAGUGAUGGGCUGGAUGGUAUCUCUGUGGGAAGCUACCUGGACACUUUGGCAGAUGAUGUCCCAGGCCAUCAGACCCCGUCAGACUUGGACCAAUUCAGUGAUAGCUCCAUAAUAGAGGACUCCCAGGCAUUGCAUAAGCAUCCCAAAUUGGAUUCUGAAUACUACUGCUUUGGCUAAUGACCCAGUUUUUUGCAUGGGAUUGGUGUGCAAUUAACUCGUAUUUAUCUUUCUUCUCCGCUGCUAUAUUUUUGGUGUGAUUUUUUCUUCUUUUUUUAUAUGACAGCCUUAGGGGGGAAAAAGCUUAUUUUGAAACUGCUUGAUGAUAUUUCUGUUGCUCCUAAUAUUUCUGAUCUGGACUGAUUUAUCUUUCUCUCUUAUAUCUCUAUUUUUAUUUAUUACAAUGAUUUUUCUCCCUUCUUUUAUAAUGGCACAAAUAAAGAAGGGGGAAAGAAUAAGCAAUAAUUAUGUUUUUACUUUUGUUUUCAGAGCAAGGGGUCAGGGAUUACAAGAAAAACUUUGCUAAAUUUUACAAUAAACCAAAGUCUAACAACAGUUAAUUUUGUUGCUUGUAUUCUUAAAUGGUUCAAAGUUUCAUUUUCCAGAAGAAGUUGAGGUUUAUUACUGUUUGUGUAUCAGGUUGAACAAAAUGUUUGAGAUAAAAGUUGGGCAUUAUUUCUAGGCCACCACUUCCUAGGGUAAAGUCAACAAUCCUUUUAGUCACACACUUCUUAUGACAAUCAUUUGGAAGCCCCAAAUAUAUGCAUUCUGUUCAGCUCAAACUGUGUUCAUACUGUAGAUCAGCAUUUUGUCAUCAGUAAUUCUAACUCAAACUGUAGAUUAACUUGUCUGAUAAUAUAUAUGAUUCUCCUAAAUUGCAAAUAAUUUAGAUCAGACGUGAAGGUGAUUAGAAGUUAAGGUGUCCUAAAUUAAAGUGUGUUUUGAGAUUUUGUUGACAUUUACUUGUAUACAUUUUUCAGUUCUAAUAGGAUAUGCAAAAACGUGGAUAUAUACAUAUGGAUGGAUGGAUGGAUGGAUGG